UGAACGUGUGACGCAUGCCAACGCAUCUCAGCGAAGGGUUCACCUGUCCAGCAGGAGGAGAGGAUGAAAUAAUGAGCAAGAGACACGUGACCGCGAGGUUGAGACGACGCUUCGUGGCAAAGCACCUGUAGCACCGACCUAUGAAUGAUUGCGGAUAGAAUGGAAUGUAGUUUGAAAAUUAAAGGAUUUAUAUACUGACCUAGCCAGUAGUCAAACUGGACAACACACACACACACACUCACACACAAACAGACAGACAGACAGACCGCGACUUGAUCGAUGCUGUAGAGUGUAAUCAGCCGCAUCUUCCGGAAUUCGAUUCUAGAAAGAUCGUGUGACCGCCUGGAUCAUAGUAUACCUAAAGGCACUUAUUACAUUCCUUAAAAUACACCCUGAGACACAAACACACACACACACAAACAGACUCACACACACCCAACAAUCCCGUAGUGUUGUUUUGUAAGAAAGCGAAAAACUAAUGGAACGACAAAAAAAGGAUCCAGAAGAAGAAGAAAAUGGAAGCGUCGCAUCGUUUCCUGGUGUCGCACUGGCCAGGCUGGCCCCCGAUGAAGGAAUAAUCGUAUCUCUUAUUAAACUUCUGAGAGGAUUUAUGAAUGGAAAAGUGAGCAAAGGAAUAGAAGAGACAGAACGAGACAGAGCGGUGUAUGUGUGCCUGGAUCGGAUAAGGAAGAAAUGCGGCUGCUGCUACUUUCUGGGCAAGCAAAAACACGAAGAGGUACAGUAGGGCACCAAGGAAGGGCCGAAGGAUAGCAGCAAAUGUUUUAGUUCAGCCACAGGGCGAUAGGAAGAAAGAUAGGAAAGAACGAUGAAGGGAGCGAUAAGAGAAUGUGAUUAUACUCGAUAACACGAAACAGCGUACGGUGAUGGGAUCGGUUACUUAAGUUUUACUAUUUUAAGUGAUUUUUUCGCUAAACAUUCUUUCCACAUGUUUUCCAAUGCAAUCUCAGUUCCUUUUGCUCAGUUUUUUGCUUCCUAACGGCGUACUUAAGUGCAACCUUGGGGUGAUGGUAUUUGAUUCCUUUGCUUUUACUAUUGUCGCAGCAUUUAUACUCAUUUCUAGCAUUAAGUUUAGCAGUAUCUGGAUGAUGCAUUUACUUAGCGAUUAAGUUAUCUUGCCAACUGUUCCGUGUUUUUAUUAUACCCUGCGCGGAUCCCAGAGGAUCAGAAGAUCCGGAAGUGCGUGAUCUACAGCGCAAACACUAAGCCAAGCCGAAAACCGAUGACUGUUUAGUUCUUCGCGCCACCUUCGUGUGCUGCCUUCGUGAUGACUCGGAGCGGGUCUGGGUCCACUGCUGCUCCACCAUCAGACCGGAAGGAAUUGACCCGAUGUGGUCCGAUGGAGGCGCACGGUUUAGUGAUGGGUUUAGUAAAAUACUUGUUUGUCCUAAAUAAAGAAUCGCUAAAAACUGUA